GUAAAGUCGAAGAACUAGUAAACCACUAAAACUAUCUUGUGAUUUAUUUAGUGCUGUAGUUAACUACAGCAUUUUUAUUAGUAAGAUAAUCGUAUUGAAGAUGUAUUACUGUGUAAAAUAAUAUAAAGUCUAUUGAAAACGUCUAAAUUAAUAAAUUUUGCUACCGGAUCACCUUUAGGAAUUUCAGCCGUACUUUCGAUAAUAACGUGAUAAAUUCAAUAGCAAACAUGAGCAAAAAGCCUAUAUCGUUCGGUAAAAUCAGCUUUAACCUGAACAAGAGCUCGGAUACCGCUGAAAAUGACAAUAAUGAGAGCUCCACUUCUGGUUUCGGUACUUUCGGCCGGACGCCGAUUCAAGAGCAUAAAAUAGUAGAAGAAAUAACUGAAGACUUAGAAAGCCAACACGUACACGAAGUCAUGGGUAUCAAGAACUUCGGUAAAAAAGCCAAGAGCUUCAACAUUGAGGAACUGAUGGAAGAAGCGAGGAAGAACGCCGAGACUAAUAAGAGAAAAAUGGAAACUAAAACAAAAAAAGAACCGGAGAAGAAAAAAAAUGAAGAAUUGAUCGGUCCAUUGCCUCCAGGAAUGUCUAACAGUAAUGAUGAAGAUGAUGACCUCAUAGGGCCCCCCCUACCACCAGGGAUGGCUCCAAAUGAUGAUGAUGAAUUAAUAGGCCCCCCAAUACCUGCACAAUCGAAAGAGAUGUCUAAUAAAGUUGAUAAAAGCAAGGGUGCUGGGGACAGUGAUGAAGAAGACAGCUAUGAUGAGCUGAGUGGGUCUGAUGAUGAGGAGAUGACCAUAGAUAAAAGAAUACCUAACACUCAUGAGGUGGAGAUGCUGCACGGCACUAAAGCCGUAGUGGCGCUGGCUGUAGACCCGUCGGGAGCGCGAUUGGCGACUGGCUCCAUCGACUAUGAUGUCUCAUUCUGGGACUUUGCUGGCAUGGACGCAUCAAUGCGCUCGUUCCGCACGCUGCAGCCCUGCGAGAACCACCCCAUGAAAGCGCUGCAGUACUCCGCCACCGGAGACUCUAUUCUGGUCGUCAGCGGCUCCGCGCAGGCCAAGGUGCUCGACAGAGACGGGUUUGAAGUGUUGGAAUGCGUCAAGGGGGACCAGUAUAUCACCGAUAUGGCCAAGACUAAAGGCCACACAGCGUCACUAAACAGCGGCUGCUGGCAUCCGCAGAUCCGGGAAGAAUUCAUGACGUGCUCCCAAGACGGUACUCUCCGACUCUGGCUGACAGAGAACCCCCGACAACACAAAGCAGUGAUCAAGCCACGCCAACAGGGCGGCUUGAAGACCAACCCUACAGCUUGCGCCUUCUCCAGAGAUGGAAACACAGUGGCUUGUGGAUGCUUCGACGGUUCAAUCCAAAUGUGGGACCACAGAAAAAACUUCGUCAACACUUCGUCCAUUCUUCGAGGUGCCCAUCAGAAACAGACCGAAAUAUGCAGCAUUGCGUAUUCGUAUCUAGGCUCGUAUCUAGCCAGUAGAGGAAACGACGAUACUCUAAAACUAUGGGACUUAAGGAACUUCAAGAAACCAUUGAACAUUUUCAGCAAUCUAUUCUCCAGGUAUGAGCAAACUGACUGCGGGUUCAGUCCAGACGAUACGAUAGUUUUCACUGGAGAAUCUAUACAGAAAGGCCAGGACGUGGGGAGGCUUCUAUUUUACAACUCAAAAACGUUCGAAGAAGUAAGUCACAUAGAUGUGACAAAAUCACACAUUAUUAAAGCAGUUUGGCACGCAAAACUAAAUCAGAUCUUCGUUGGUUGUGGCAAUGGAGUUGUCAAAUGCUACUACGAUCAGAAGCGCAGUCUUCGAGGAGCCAAACUGUGCAUUGUCAAGACGCAUAGAAAGAGGCAUUCUGUAGAGGUGGUCAGCACACAACAGAUCAUAACACCACAUGCGUUACCACUCUUCAGACAAGAGAAGCUAAGAACUAGCAAGAAAAAGAUGGAAAAGGAUCGGUUAGACCCUGUGAAGUCCCAUCGACCAGAUUUGCCAAUAACUUCAGGCCAAGGUGGUCGAGUAGCGGCGUCUGGAAGCACUUUAAGUUCCUUCGUGAUCAGAAAUCUUGGUUUAAGCAAGAGAGUUGAUGAUGAACAGGAUCCCAGAGAAGCUAUAUUGAAGUACGCGAAAGACGCUGAAGAGAAUCCCUUCUGGGUCGCUCCAGCUUACAAAAAGACACAACCAAAGCCUAUAUUCCAGGACGAAGACGAGGAAGGACCUUCAGAUGCCAAGAAACCGAAGACCUAGGUCAAUCUAGGGUUUAUGUAAAAUGAAAUAAAUGUACUUAGUGAAUAAGUACAAAAGUUGUGUAAAUAAAUUAUGUUCUCCAAU